AUGUCGUGCUGCAAGGCCGCUACCAGCCCGCUCGCGGACAUCGCGGCGGGCGACUCGAAGACGUACGAGGCCACCCAGAAAUACUAUGGCAAGGUUCUCGAAACGUCCAAGGACCUGAAGACCUCGGCCUGCACUGCCGCGGGGAAGCCGCACCGCAGGAUCAUCGAGUCGCUCAAGAAGGUCCCGGACGAGAUCAAGGCCAAGUUCUACGGCUGUGGGGCCCCGCUCCCUCUCGGCAUCCAGGGGCUCCGCGUCCUCGACCUCGGGUCCGGCUCCGGCCGCGACUGCUACGUAAUGGCGGACCUCGUCGGCGCUCAGGGCAAGGUGACCGGUGUCGACAUGACCGAGGAGCAGCUCGCCGUGGCCCGCAAGUACAUCGACUCCUACUGCAAGGAGACGCUCGGCUACGCCGAGCCGAACCUGGACUUCGUGCACGGCCACAUCGAGUACCUCGACAAGGCGGGCAUCCAGGAUGCGUCGCAGGACAUCGUGAUUUCGAACUGCGUGGUCAACCUGUCGCCAGACAAGCCGCGCGUGCUGUCCGAGGUGUACCGCGUCCUCGCGCCGGGCGGCGAGUUCUACUUCAGCGACGUGUACUGCUCGCGCCGCCUCCCCGAGCACGUCCGCAAGCACGAGGUGCUGUGGGGGGAGUGUAUUGCCGGCGCGCUUUAUACCGAGGACUUCCGCCGCAUCGCGCAGUCCGUGGGCUUCGCGGACCCGCGCGUGCUCUCCGCUGCGCCGAUCGAGGUGACGGACCCGGAGCUGAAGGCGGUGGUCGGGGAGGCGGAGUUCUAUUCCAUCACGUACCGCCUGUUCAAGGCGCCGGGCCUGCUCGAGGACAAGUGCGAGGACUACGGGCAGUACGCGGUGUACAGGGGGAGUGUCGAGGGGAGUGAGUCGGCGUACGUGCUGGACGACCACCACAAGUUCGAGAAGGGCAAGCCCAUGCUCGUGUGCGGCAACACCGCCGCGAUGGUCGGCGAGAACGGCGUGUCGUGGCUCGCCAAGCACUUUGACGUCGUCGGCGACCGGACGACGCACUACGGCCUCUUCGACUGCGGCCCGAGCCCCGUCGCCGCCGCGCCCGCCUGCGAACCGGGCCCAGGCGGCGCCUGCUGCUGA